AAAAAAUGGACUGAUUCGGAGGUAAUAGAAGGUUUGACACAGGAAGGAAAUAAGGAAAGAUGACCGUGGACGACCGGUCUUUCUUCAGCAAGUGUGUGGUCCAGCUGGCUCGCACUCUGGCUAAAAUAAAUCCGACGCCACAAGAUAAGGUUGAGAAGCUCUUAUCCCUGUGUCCAGGGGAAAGUCAUGGAGGAGUUUACCGUGUGGACCAACGAGGACAAGAUGCUGUGGUCGCGCUAGGAGUGUAUUUUCUUGAGUCGGGCCUGCAACAUGAGGCCUUAAUCCUCCAGUACCUUCUCCGACUGCUUCGAGCGCUCCCAAAGGCUGUAUGGCUGGACGAAAAGAAAAUUAACUUGACGGAUCGCAUACCAGUUGCUGAGCGUUUCAGCUUCUUGCUCACAACACUUCUGAGUGAUGUUGCAGCUCAAAGUGAGACUGUGCGUGAUGAGAUUAUCAACACACAAAUCGAAGUUUUGUCAACCCUGACAAAUGGCAUCAUCAGGAAUGUGCGAGAUGACCAGCUACGCUCAAGCAAUGCGAAAAUAUCCCUAUGCCGUGGAACAAUACCAGUUUUACUGGGCCUGGCUCGUGCCCUAGGCAGAUCUACAUCAGGAGACCCUCUGUUUCUACGCAUCUUCCCGGCUCCAACCAUCCCAACACCUGUGCCUGCGGAGACUACACAGAUGGCGAAGAAGAAAAGCUUCAGUAACUUUCGUCCCAUCAUUCCAAGGUCAUUGUCGUCCACCUUGCCCUCCUGUCCUGACGUGGUUUCACUCGUCAGUGUAGAUAGCGACCGGGACAUUGGUUUACGAGUCCCUGGAGGAGCCCCAAACAAACGUCCUUCGCUGCAGUCUCAGCAGUCUGUUCCCUAUGAUCCGAAGGUGUACUUCUUUCAGAAGUAUGGAUCCAGCUUUGGGGCAAGCUUACCUCAGGUUGCCCAGUAUGAUCACACAUUAAUUUUCCCAGUGCAGCAUCUACAGACUGUUCUAGCCAAUGCAAAGAAACUCCUGGCAAAGGAGGUACUGGCAGUACUUGAUGAGGUAUCACGUGAAGUUUUCAGCUCUGGCCAGAUCAAGAUGUUCCCAUAUAGGACUCUGCGAGAGACUAUUAACUUGGUCAUGGUAACACUUCUGAGGGAACUUCUGGCUUAUCAGAAAGACUUGCCGGUUCCAUUUACAAGAGAUGUCCAAGACUUUGUGAAGAGCCUCUACCUGUCUGGCCAGACUGAACUUGCAGGACAACAACAGGAAUCAGGAGAGAAGGAUGACCCUGCUGUGAAGACUCAAGCUGUUAACACAUUUAGGAUCAAUGUUCAGGCAAAUGCUGCUUGUGUUGAUCUGUUGGUAUGGGCUAUUGCUGAUGAGUCAGAGUCAGACCAGGGCUCAGAGCUCUCUUUCCUUCUGUCAGUUUUCACAAAUCAUCUCCAGAUGCAAGAUGUUGAUGGUAACACAGAUGCCGAGAGCCUCUGCAAUCGACUAACGGAAAAGCUUAACCUUCCUCAUGGCCAUCGAUUGGUUUUAGCUCACAUGCCACUCCUCCUGGUGUGCUUAGAGGGUUUGGGAAAGCUAGCAAACAAGUUUCCAAAUAUUGCCGGGACCAGCAUAAAUUACUUGCAGGACUUCCUUGUCAGUCCAUCGCCGAUUCUUCUCAAGCUACACCGUCAACAGUCUGAUUUCUUAACUCCUCAGCAAGGCAAUUUGACUGUCAAAGUAACUGGAGAUGGGGCAAACAGACCAGUCUCAGCCACAGCCACAGCCUUUGAGAGGCUGAGAGAUGCUGCCAUUGAGAACCUGUGUGUGGCUCUGAAGGCAGGCUUAACAGUGGACCCUAACACAGUACUGGCCUUCAUAUCUUCCAUAUCUGGAAGGGAAAAGGCUGGACAUGAUCGUCUUCCUGAAAGCGACAACAUUGUGAUCUCUCAUACUGUGGUAGUAGCGCUGGGACAUGUGGCAGUGGCUCUGAAAGACUCACCACGCACCACAGAGACCAUCCUGCACCAGUGCCUCCUCCAGCGCUUCUGUCGACCACCAUCUAUCCUUGACACUCUCAUUGUUGACCAGCUGGGGUGCAUGCUUCUAGCUAAGAAUGAUCCUAAAGUGUGCGAUGAGAUCAUGGAACAGUUCAGUAAGAUUAUCCUAGAGGCAAGCAGUGGGACCUAUGGUGUGGGUGCAGGCCAAGACCAGCGCAUGAAACAGUAUAGGCAUGUCGCUACUGCAGUUCACAAUGCUCUAGCAAAUAUUGCAGCAAAUAUUCAAGGUGAAGCUGAAAUGGACAAACUAGUAAUGCGACUUCUAGAACUGUUUGUGAAGCUGGGUUUGGCAGCCAAACAAAACUCAGAAAAACAUCCUGCAGUCUUGAAGGCAUCAAGUAGUGCAGGAAAUCUCGGUGUGCUCAUCCCUGUGAUUGCGGUGUUGGUCCGCCGUCUUCCACCAAUCAAAGAGCCAAAGCCUCGCCUGCUUAAGUUGUUCCGAGACUUCUGGCUUUUCUGCAUUGUGAUGGGCUUCACUCAGCAGGAAUCAGGGUUAUGGCCUGCUGAAUGGUACAUGGCUGUGUGUGAUAUUGCCGUCACAUCUCCUCAGUUACUCUCUCGAACCCAGCACCGCUCUGAAAUGAAGGAGCUCUAUUAUACUUAUGCAGUUCGUGAUGAGUCCGUGUCAGUGGGAGAAUUGGGUGAACUACGACAACAAAUCCUCAGUCUCCUGGAGCAUCCUACAGAUGUCACCCCAGUGGUCAACAAGUUAUCUUUCGCUCAGUGCAUUUAUGUGCUGUCUGUAUAUCGAGUAGAAGCUCUCAGAGUAAGAAGCUCUGCAGAGACAAGUUUUAUGCCAAUGUUUGAGUACCUGCUUGACCCAGCCAUCCAGAACGACAAAUGUGAUAUGUGGACUUGCAUCAACAGAGUGAGUGAGAAAGUAUUCAACAUAUUCCUUGAGCAAGUAAGUCACCAGCCUCGAGAUGAAAGGCAAGAAAAGCUCCUGGUGCUUCAUGCACAGUUUCUUCUAACACACUUCAACCACACCCAGGCACAAAUCAGGCGUGUGGCUGACAAGCUGCUGUCAAAACUUGUUGACAAGUUCCCACAGCUCCUAUGGAAUGGCAAUGUUCUGCGAACCCUCCUAGACAUUCUGCAGGUCCUGGGUUACUCUCUACAGCUAGACCCUAAUGAUGCUAACCCAACUAUUCCUAUUCCUGAUACACCUUUUAGCAUCACGCUUAUGGAUACUCUUGAGUAUAGGGAGAGAACUGUGAGCGAUUUUGCAGCACGUUGCCAAGGUAUCCUACAAGAGGCAAUGAAAUGGGCUCCAGAGGCAACUCGCUCCCACCUGCAGAAUUACCAGACACACAUUGACCAGUCCAAUCUAACAUCGCACUCUGGCUUGGCCCUUGCUACUCAGUCAGUCAUGCAGUAUGCGGGUCUUGGGACUCCUACACACAUAAGCCAUACUGCAACCAUGGACAAGCGCAACAAAGGUGUGACAGACCUCACCUCCUCCUUCAUGAAGUCAUUAAGCCUGAGAACACACUAUCAGGGUGAGAUAUCAGGGUUGCUUUUGAUGGUGAGAGACGAGAGUCAACGAGAACAGCUGAUUGCAAAGCUCCUUGGUGACAUCAAGGUGGCUUGUGAGAAGAAGAAGGAGGUAGACUUCAGACAGGGACUCUGGAGGGCAACUGGGCUCAUGAUUUUCUCAGAAGGCAUCAACCGCAGGCUACUUCGUCACAUUUGCUCUGCGUGUCUAGACAUGUUCACUGAAGAUGCCAUGGAAAACAGCGUGGCUUGCUGGCAGUGGAUACUUUCAGCUCGCCAUGACAUGACACUACCCUUUAUGCAGGAGAUGAUAACAGCUUGGCAGGUGAGUGUUGCUCGGCGCUUGGGCCUGUUCUCUCGUCAGAUUGAUGAAGUGAAUCCCCUUGCAGCUUAUGAAGGUUGUAAUCUUGAGCCUAAGGUGCCUCAAGUUGGCCCACAUGACAUAUGGAUAAAGUUCAUCAGUGAGCGAAUAGAAAUUGCAAAAUACGACAGUGAUGCCCAGGUGGCCAUGUUUGCAUGCAUGUUUCAUAGGACACUGCAUAUGACUGUUGGAAAUCCAGAUUCCAAGAUAAACCGCCACAUUGGUGCCAUUGGCACACGUUUUCGUUUGCUGUCGUGUGCUCUUGCCCUCAUUCAAGGUGAUACCAUCCCCAAGUCUCUCAGCAAAAAUGUUCUUCGCGAGCGUAUUUACUGUGCCUGCCUUGAUUAUUUCUGUGCUGCCCGAGGAUGCCCCACACAACGACCAGCCUGCCUCCAGGAAGAUAUCAAUGCUCUCCUAAACUUCUGGAAUGCUCUCCAUGCUGACAAGAAGUACCUGAAGACUAGUGUCAUUGGAGACUUCACCUCUUAUCAGUAUGGAGGGGGUGCCUCUCUCUCCCCAUCCAUGGCCUCAGACCUGAGAUCAACGUCAGGUGAGUUUGUUGUGAAUAAUGCUGGCUGGAUCAACACUGUCCCACUGUCAUCGAAUACGUCUACACUCUCCAAGAGAUCAAAUCGCAGCAAGAGAAUGGUUAAUCCUGAUGUCUAUGUUAAGGACUAUCUCAAGAAAAGGGCACUUAUCCUCUCCUUGCUGGCAGUGGAGAUUCAAGCCCUGAAGGUCUGGCUCCAACCUCCACAACCCACUGGCCAAGGAGGAGAAGUGACAACUCCACAAGAAGAAGCUCUAGUCAAGUGGUUGUCCGGUGGUUUUAACAGCCAGAAAGCCUGGAGUGGAAACACAAACCUUGCUUGGAGUAUUUCACCAGCACUAGCUGUUUAUUUGUCUACUAGAAUCCACAAUGUCCAAGGACUAGAUGCUGAGAUCAGCAACCUUGUCCGUGAAAACCCUAUAGCUGUUAGUCACCUUGGGGAAGCUCUGCAGUAUUUGGCCACUUCAGAAAACAUUCUUUCAGAUAUUCCAGAGCUAAACUACAUGUUGACAUGGGCUCCAGUGCCACCUGUCAAGGCACUAGCAUAUUUCUCAAGGCAGUAUCCACCUCACCCCCUGACUGCCCAGUAUGCUGUUAGAGUAUUGUCUAACUAUCCUGCAGACACCAUUCUGUUCUACAUCCCACAGCUGACACAAUCGCUGAGAUAUGAUACUAUGGGUUAUGUAGGUGAAUUCAUAAAAUAUGCAGGCAAGAAAUCACAGCUGUUGUGCCAUCAGCUGAUCUGGAACAUGCAAACUAACAAAUUCAGAGAUGAAGAAGGACAUGAGAAGGAUGCUGAUUUGUUUGAAGUGUUUGAGAAUUUGGAGAAGGCUUUGAUUGGCCAGUUUGCAGGGACGGCCAAGCAGUUUUAUGAGAGGGAGUUUGACUUCUUUGGGAAAGUCACUAACAUAUCGGCAAUCAUCAAACCAUAUCCAAAAGGUAUUGAGAGAAAGAAGGCAUGCUUAGAGGCACUCAAAGCAAUCAAAGUGGAGCCAGGAUGCUACCUGCCCUCUAAUCCUGAAUCAGUUAUCCUGGACAUUGAUCGAAACAGUGGAACACCAAUGCAGAGCGCUGCCAAAGCCCCAUAUUUGGCAAGAUUUAAGGUGCGCCGUUGUGGCAUCAAAGAGCUCGAGAAGCAAGGAAUGGCAGUCAGCUCUGGGCAAGAAGUUGACUCAAACAUUGGUCCUGAAGUUUGGCAAGCUGCUAUCUUUAAGGUAGGAGAUGAUGUACGACAAGACAUGCUGGCCCUUCAGGUAAUCUCCAUUUUCAAGAACAUCUUCCAGACAGUGGGACUGGACUUGUUCCUCUUCCCAUACCGUGUUGUGGCCACCUCCCCUGGGUGUGGUGUGAUUGAGUGUGUUCCCAAUGCUAAGUCUCGGGACCAGCUGGGCCGCAGCACAGAUACUGGGAUGUUUGAGUAUUUCAUCAGUGUGUAUGGGGAUGAAAAUUCUCAUGCUUUCCAACAAGCACGGUCCAACUUUGUUAAAUCCAUGGCAGCAUAUUCCCUGGUGGGCUUCUUGUUGCAGAUCAAGGACAGACACAAUGGCAAUAUCAUGUUGGAUACUGCAGGACACAUCAUUCAUAUUGAUUUUGGCUUCAUGUUUGAAAGUUCACCCGGUGGGAAUCUUGGAUUUGAGCCAGACAUCAAGCUGACUCAAGAGAUGGUGAUGAUCAUGGGCGGAAAAGUAGAAGCUGCACCUUUCCGCUGGUUCGUUGAGCUGUGCAUCAAGGGAUACUUGGCUGUCAG